UCCGGCUGACCGUGGAGGCAGCGCACUACCUGUCGGUCAGAUCCAGCUGAUCGUGAUUCAGACAGGCGUCGACCUGCCAGUGAUCAGCACAUGGAUCCACAGCGGGAUAAAGUGUUUCUGUUCCCUCGGAUGGCAGCUCACACCGCCGGUCUGACAUCGAACCAGUCUGGAUGGAGGAACUUCUAAAACGUACGUUAUGGCCACUGAGAGCAGUGUGUGGAAUACCUGCAACUACAGCCACGAUGUCACCUUCUUCUACAACUGGGUGGGUAAGAAGAUCAGUGUAGGAUGGACUACGCAGGACUUUGUGGUCAUCGGACUGGGCUUGACGGUAUGCCUUAUUGUAGUCCUCGCCAACCUGAUGGUGAUGGCAGCCAUCCUCCUGAACCGUCGCUUCCACUUCCCCAUCUACUACCUUCUGGGCAACAUGGCUGCAGCAGAUCUGUUUGCAGGAGUCGCCUACACCAACCUGAUGUUGAACACGGGCCCCUGGACCAGAAUGCUCACCAAGGAGCAGUGGUACAUCCGCGGUGCUUUGAUCGACAUCAGCCUGACGGCCUCCGUGGCCAACCUGCUAGCUGUGGCCGUGGAGCGCCACCAGACCAUCAUCACCAUGCAGCUGCACAGCAACAUGACUAAGCGGCGUGUGGUGCUGCUGAUCGUCUGCAUCUGGGUCACAGCCAUCAUCAUGGGCCUGGUGCCGUCCACGUUUUGGAACUGCGAAUGUGAUCUUGAUGACUGCUCCACCGUCGCUCCCCUAUACAGUCGGCGCUUCCUUAUCUUCUGGGCAGUUCUCAACCUGCUCACUUUCUUCAUUAUGGUGGCAGUGUACGCCCGUAUCUUCAUCUAUGUGAGAUACCAGAGCCGGUCCACGUCUCAGCACACGUCAGAGAUACGACACAGUCAGACUGUUGUCAACCUGAUGAAAACAAUCUCCAUGGUUCUGGGUGCCUUUGUAAUCUGCUGGACGCCCGGCCUCAUGACUCUCUUGCUGGAUGGGCUUCUGGGCAAAGACAGCCAUGCCAACAGCUAUGAGAAGUACUGCUUGGUGAUAGCAGAGUGCAACUCUCUGGUCAAUCCCAUCAUUUACUCUCUGCGGGACAACGAGAUGCGGCGGACGUUCAAGUGGAUCCUUUGCUGUCUGUGCCGGAGAAGCGCUCAUCAGCAGAGGGAGCCUUCAUCUGUCAAGAUUAACAAUCCGCUGCCAGAGGAGACUCUUGGCUUUGUCCAGAAGUCAGCGGUUCGGCCGUUAUGUAAGACUCAAGACACCAACGACAAAGACGGUUGGACAGAGCCCAGGCUAUGACGCCACUUCAAAAACAUUGUAAUCUAAGCAUUUGUUAUUCAAGCUUUCUGCUGGACAUUACACAACUUCUACAAAGCUCUUUCCUUCCAUGUUUAGUUUUUGAAGCUGAAUUAAAAAAAAAAAAAAAAAAAAA